UUCUGCUUUGCUCCGGAAUGAGCAGUUCUUUCCAUUAACAGACCAGCUAGUUGUUCAUAUUCUCCAGAAUGGCAGGAAAGAAAGUGUUUAUUGUGUAUGGCCACCAGAGCUCUGGCUCAUUCAGUGCUGCAGCUAAAGAUGCUGCUGUGGAAGUCUUUGGAACGAAGGGCUACACAACUGAAAUAUCUGACCUAUAUGCCAUGAAGUUUAAAGCCUCUGCUACUGCUGAGGACAUCACUGGAGAAGUUAAGAAUGCAGAUCACUUCUGUUACGCAGAGGAGACCAAACUAGCAUGGGAGGCUGGAAAACUGUCUGCUGACAUCACCGAAGAACAACGCAAACUCACUGAAGCAGACCUCAUCAUCUUUCAGUUCCCCAUGUACUGGUUCAGUUUUCCUGCAAUCAUGAAGGGCUGGAUUGACCGGGUGCUCACACUGGGCUUCGCUUACUCCCAAGAGAAGAGGUAUAGCCAGGGCAUCUUCAAGGACAAGAAAGCCAUGCUGUCCUUCACCACUGGGUCUCACGAGUCCAUGUUCAGUGCAAAUGGCAUUAAUGGAGACAUGAAUGUCACACUGUGGCCGCUGCAGAAUGGCAUCCUGCACUACUGUGGCUUCCAAGUUCUGGCCCCUCAGAUCUUCUGGGCUCCGUCUCACGUUCCCUCUGAGGUGCGAGGCACCAUGCUGGAGGGCUGGCGUAAAAGACUGCAAGGCCUCCUGGAGGAAAAACCACUUUCCUUCACUCCUUUGGACUGCUUCGACAGGGAGAAGGGCUUCCAGCUUAAGCCUGACGUCUGUGAGAAACAUGCCACUGAGGAGUUUGGACUGACUGUGGGGAUCCACCUGGGCAAGCCACUACCACCCAACAACCAGAUGAAAGCUGGAGUCUAAAGACUGCAAGAUCUCUUGUCAUUCAACUAUGAUGAAUAAAAGCUGUCUAAGAACA